GUCGACUGCUGGCAGGGGAGUUGGCUGGCUGCAGCCAUGAAACUGGUGCUGUUGCUGGCCCUCUUCCUGUGGGUUCAGCUCGGGGGUGCCAGGAGGGGGGCCCCCAAGAUGCCCUCCAAGGUGCUGAGCCCCCCAUCUGCUCUGGGCCCCAAAAACCACAGCUCCCCAUCUGCUCCCCUCCCGGAGGACCCAGUCCUCAUAGGCGGCCCCCCAGAGCAGCUGAGUGCCCAGGAUCCAGCCCCACAACUGAGCCCCACGGAGGGCCCCAGCUGGAGGAAGGCGAAGGGACACCGCGGGGCACCCGAGCGAGGGAAAGUGGCCCAGGAGGCGCGGCAGGAUGGGGCCGAGGUCCUGGGGACCCGGAGGGGGUCCCUGCCUGGUGAGGAGACGGGGCCCCCCAGAGCUGCCGGGACGGCACCGGGUGCCAAGGCCAGGUCGGAGCCCCCCGCCACUGCCAGGAACAGCAGCCACAGUGCGGGCGCAGCCCAGGACGCCGGGGUCUCCAGGAGAGCUGGGAAAGGGCAGCAGGUGCUGGGGAAGCAGCCACCCCCCCGGCGGAGCAAUGCCACCCGGCUGGAGGCGGGCAGAACACGGCCGGCCGUGCGGCCCGAGGGGGGACCCAUCAUGCCCUCGCUGCCCACUGCCUGCCUCCUGUCCGACUCGGCCAUCGCCUGCGGAAACGUCCACAUGAAGCAGGUGCCGGCGCUGAGCGACCCCGGGCUAAAAAUGCUUUACCUGGCAGACAACGAGAUCUCCCGGCUGCCGCGCGGGGUCUUUGCGGGGCUCCCCAACCUGGAGUGGGUGGAUCUCAGCAAGAACCAGCUGGACUCCGGGGGCCUGCACCCCGAGGCCUUCCAGAACCUGACCAAGUUGAAGCGGCUGAAUCUAGAUGGGAACCAGCUCACGAGGAUCCCGGCACUGCCCCCGUCCCUGCUGGAGCUAAAAGUGAACGACAAUGGGCUCGAGAGCCUGCAAAGUGACAGCUUUCGAGGACUCUCUAAGCUGUUGACCCUGGAGCUGGAAGGGGACGAGUUGCAUGACGGGAACGUGAUCCCAACCUCCUUCAAACCUUUGCGCAGCCUCAUCUAUCUGCGGCUGGAUCGGAACCGGUUCCGGGCCAUCCCCUCGGGCCUGCCCCCCUCCCUGCAGGAGCUGCAUCUUGACUCCAAUCGCAUAGAGGAGGUGCGGGAGGGGCUGCUCAACAAGACCCUGGACCUCAGCGUCCUGGUUCUGAGCAACAACAAGCUCCAGGAGGAUCGGAUUGCGCCGCGGGCCUGGAUUGACCUGCCGAAGCUGGAGUCCCUGGACCUCUCCUACAACCGGCUGGUGCACGUGCCGUCCUUCCUGCCACGCCGGCUGCGCCAGCUGACCCUGCACCACAACCGCAUUGAGCGCGUCCCGGGCUACGUCUUCGCUCACCUGCGCCCAGGGCUGGAGUCCCUGCACCUGUCCCACAACCGCCUGCGGGCCGAGGGCGUCCACGCCGCCUCCUUCGCCGGGCUGGGCCGGUCCCUGGCCGAGCUGCUGCUGGACCACAACCAGCUGCAGGCCGUGCCCCGGGGGCUGCUGGGCCUCAAGGGGCUGCAGGUCCUGCGGCUGAGCCACAACCUCAUCAGGCAGGUCCCGCUGAACUCGGUGUGCGACACGCGGGUGGCCGAGGACUCCAGCCUGGUCUCCAUGCGCCUGGAGCAGAACCUGAUCGACCCGCGGCGCAUCCCGCCCACGGCCUUCUCCUGCAUCCGGGCCUACCACAGCGUGGUGCUUCACCCGCAGCGCGGCCAGGCCUAGGGGGGUCGGGACCCGGGGCCUGUCGCAGCCUGGGGCCGCCCCCGCUGGGCCUGUCGCAGCCUGGGGCCCCCCCCGCAGCGCGGCCAGGCCUAGGGGGGUCGGGACCCGGGGCCUGUCGCAGCCUGGGGCCGCCCCCGCUGGGCCUGUCGCAGCCUGGGGCCCCCCCCGCAGCGCGGCCAGGCCUAGGGGGGUCGGGACCCGGGGCCUGUCGCAGCCUGGGGCCGCCCCCGCUGGGCCUGUCGCAGCCUGGGGCCCCCCCCGCAGCGCGGCCAGGCCUAGGGGGGUCGGGACCCGGGGCCUGUCGCAGC